CUCAUCCCAACCCUCCUUGUCCUAAAUCCCUGUCGACCACCCCCGCCGCCUCUUGACCAUGUUGCUAUGUGUUCACUGGACCCAGCCUCUCCUUGCUUUGCUCUCCUCUGCCUUACUGACGUGGGGAGCAAUCUGCCCGCCCAGUUGCUUGUGCCCGGACCCCCACACGGUGGACUGCAGUGGCCGGGGGCUGACUCACCUGCCAGAUCCCCUCCCGCUGGAUGUCCGCCGCCUCCUGCUCUCCAACAAUUGGAUCCCCAAGAUUCCUUCUGACUUCCUGGUCCUCUACAGUGACCUCGUCUACCUGGACCUCCGUAACAACUCAAUCACCCAGAUUGAGGCAGGCACCAUCAGCCCCUCCUCCAGGCUGGUCUUCCUGGACCUGGGCAGCAACAACCUGACAGAGAUACCGACGGGAACCUUUGGGGAGUCCCGAAGCCUCAUCAAGCUACGCCUGGGAAGCAACCCGUACCUCAGCAUGGUCAGCGAGGACGCCUUCUUGGGCCUCACUUCCCUGCGUGAACUCGAGCUGGAGCGCAAUGCCCUGUCCAGCCUGCAGGUCGGCGCCCUCAGCCAGCUGCCCUCCCUUAAGGUGGUGCGCCUUGAGGGGAACCCUUGGGUAUGUGACUGUGACUUUUCCGAACUGUUUGCCUGGCUGGUGGAAAACAGGGACAAGCUUCCCAACGGUGUCGAAGGUUUGGAAUGCAUGCUGCCCAUGGAUGGCCAGAGGGUGACGCUGGACCAGCUCACACAGGACAGCUUCCAGAAGUGUAACGAGACCCUAACCCUCACCGACUUACUCAUUAUCAUCUUCUCCGGCAUCUCAGUCUCUGUGGCUGCUAUCAUGACGAGCUUCUUCCUGGCCUCCACUGUCCACUGUUUCCAGCGUUGGGGCAAAGGUUCUAAACCAGAUGAUGAUGAUGAUGAAGAAGAAGAUUGAGGAAGGGCCACCCCCCCAAACCCAAGAGCAGAGGGCAGAGCUUGCAUCUCUCAUGAAGACUAUAUCCAGGGCUCAAAGGUCGUAUCACUCAGUGAUAAAAUGCCUGACGGCCAUGUCUCAGAGCUAUUGAGAACAUCUGAUCUGUAGCUCCAGUGUUCAGACAUUGACUUGCACACCUGAGUGUGCUCACCCCUUAAAAUCGAGUACUGCAUUAGUGUCUAAACUGCCACGGAUCUCCAUGAACGUUGUGCUCCUUUAAGGGCACUUCCAGUGUUUUCCAGUUGUUAUUCGGUCUGCCUCUCCAUGUCAAUGUGAGUGGUACAUCUCACUCUCCUGGUUGGGCUCUUGGCCCUGUGAUCCAGACCAUGCAGAACCUUGCUAAGGACAGAACCCAAAAUAAGGGGUACAAAACUGCCAGUUUUCAAAAAAGCUGAUUAUAACCAUGAAAAAUCUAUUUACCUACGUUUUUUGAGCCUAAGAUACUGCUUUUCUUCUAACCCACUAUCCUUAAAUUCUUCCUAGCUGUAACAUCCUCAUAUAUACAUGUAUGUAUUUAGAACGUUCCCAAAAAAUAGGUAUAUGGAAAUUUUGAAAGCAGUAUCAGAUUUUUCAAGUCUCGUAUAGUUCUAAGGGACGAACACCAUUAAAUAAAACAAAUAGGUUAGUUUAGAGCUGAGCAAAAAUUGCACUUUAAACGGGAAAAGCUGUAUGUAUCUCCCCUAGGCCGGUGGCCAUCGUGAUUUUUUCGGUAGAAAUGCCGAACUCUGGGAUUCUGGGGACUCUGCCACUUGUCGACUUGCGCCGUGAGUGUUCUCAUCCGUGUUCGUCACGUACAGCAAUACAGCCACACAUGCACAUAAUCUCCGGUAAACUCGUGCGUCAAUGAAAUGUAACCAAGUGUUCCCAAAUCUGUGUCCUUUGCUUGCUGCUGACUUAUAAACUGAGCUUGUACACAAAAUCUUAAAGUGAUAGAACCUAACAGAAUUACCACAGAUAUCUAGUAAUUUAGCUUGUCACGAUGGCCGUGCUUAAGAAGUCGACUUAUAUACUGGAUGAAAACGUUGAGAAGCUACUAACACGCCUGAAAAAUUUGUAAAAUAACUGGGAAAAUGUGAUGCCUCUAUUAGUCAGGAAGGGGUGUGUUUCCCAUCGUUUUACACUAUACUCUCAAAGAAAAAUUUAUACAACGUUUGAUGGUAGUGGUUUUAUAGGACAAUUAACUAGCUGUGGAUUGUAGGUGAAUUGCUAAGCUUGUAAUGCUAACUUGUUACUUUUAGCAGACCAAAAUAAAUUUUAAUGCAGGUGUUGCAAUAAUCUCAGGGGGCAGACAGGUAGAUUUGUGAGGUCCUUUGGUUUGAUAGACACUCGUUAUCAAAACUCUGCUGGUCUGUUUGAUUCCUGUCCGGAUUUUUCAGUCUCCCCUUGAAACUCUUAACUUGAACCCAGACUGCAACUGAUGUCCAAAGAGGGUAGUUGGCAUUUCCAUUCUUUGUGGGCUGUUUAGUCGAAGGAGUGACUGUGUCCGUUUAAUCCCUCUUCUCUACCAUUCUUGUCUACUUUAUGUUGACUGCCAGCCUGGGCUGUCAAUGGUGAAUCACAGUAGCAUAGUGCUGGUUUACUCUCCUGUUACUCUUCUAAUUGUGUCUUCUGCCUAGGCCCCGUAGCAAUAAUUUGGGGAAUCAUUUUGGUUUUAUAUGUAUCAGAAAAUCUGUAACAGCGUUUCAUAUCAUAUAACUGCUAUAACCGAUUCCUAUGAGAAUAUUGUAUAGUACAAGCCAGCAUUAUGAAUUUAUAUAACUUAUAAAUAGUGCCAUUUUUACCAAGGAAAACGGUUCUUGGCGUUGUGAGCAUUUUCAUCACCUAUGUACCACUAACCCUAAAUAUUAAGUAGGAUUGCUUGUGGGCUCUACUCCAUCUAGGUGGGAUGCUGCCUGUCCUUCUCACAUGGGUCUGAGGGAAGGUGAGAGGCCACAGUCGCAGAGCCAAGCACCUCUUGCUGUCUGAUCUCUCUGCUCUUUGUAGCACACAUUCUUUUUAAUUAAGAUAAGCCCAAGUGCUAAAGGUCAAAUGUUCAUUAUUGACACAUCUCUCUCACGCUUCUGUGGUCACAUAUACCAUGUCCUAAUUUAUUAUGAUGACAUUUUUGGUUUAUUCUAAAUAUCGACUUUAUUUAUGUACUUUUUAUUGUCAACAAUGCUAUUGAAUAUAGAUGUGAACAGAAGUAAAUAAUACCUUAUAACAUUUUGUUUUAUAUAUUCUGAAACAAACACAAAAUGCAGUGUUCCAAAUUAUUAUGCUGGGUGCAGUUUUGGAAUAGUCAGUGUGUCCUAAGUGACUCGAAACAGAAAUCCAUUGUAUUCGAUGAAUAAAAAAUGUUGUUCUUCAAGAAAACAAACCUCUUAAGAGAACUAGAUGCCUGUUAAUGUAUAUGCCCUUGGUGAAAUUACUUUAGUAACUCUCUCUCACUGCAAUUUCCCUUUUUUGAAAACGCUCCACCCCUUAAGUUCUCGAUAAGGUAGAGGACCGGGGUGAUGGUGGUCCAACCAUGAUUCGCCCCUUUUUAUGCCCAAGGCCUCCAAGGAGUCGGUAGCGUUCAUAGCUGCAUGUCAUGGUGAUGUUCCUGCAAGAACAUCAUUUCAUUUUGGAAGCCAAGACUUCUUUUUAUACCUGGAUAGGAGAUGUUGUAUUGGGACCGUCACAUGUACUGCCAAUUUAACACCAUUAGAGAUUCUAAAGGGCCCUGCCAUCUCUAUUCCCAUAAUUCCUGCCCAAAACAUUACUCCAAGGCCACCUUGUUGAUGCCAGAGUCUAGUGGGCGUAGGGAGCCAUUGACCAGCCAUCAGAAACUGAGUCAUCCAGUGUAGUUCAGCAUUGAUAAAUCUGUCUGAAAAUGAUCGUUUAUGAAUGUCUGAGCUCAUUGGAUAGGAGCGGCUGAAAUGUAGAAGUACCACAACUUCCAGCUUGUGGGGGGAUCCCACAUCGAGACGUUCCUGGAAUUUCAGGACCGGCUGCAGUUUUAAAAAAUGCGUUUGCUGCUUGAUGGUGGAAUUUUUAAACGUAGCUGCCCCUUUUAAUACGAACUGUCAAAAGAAACUUUCUGUAAUGUUCCUGCAUUUCAUAUACUUCAUCUGAUCUCUGAAUCGCUCACAAUUUUUAAACGUUUUUCCUGAUAAAUCAAUUAUUUUCAUGCUUUUUGCAAGACAUUGCACUAUUUCACGCUUUGCAGCACCAGAACGAUUUUUCUUCCUACCCAAAUUUAACGAGAACUGUGACUUGCCAAGUAAUGUGGAACGACUCCUUUAAGUAGGUUUCCCUUCAAUUAUGAUCACCUGACAAAGCAAAUUACGAAACUCUCUUGGAUUGGUGUAUUUUAUCUAAAGAGGCAUGAAAAAUAAAUGAGCUGCAUGAAGAUCACAAUAAAUUUGUAUUUUGGAAGGGUUACUGAUACAUCACUUGCAUAAUAAUUUGGAACACAGUGUAGUUUUACUUGUGAUUCAGGUUGGCCCCUUCACCUCUGUGUAUGACCUGGUGACAGAAAGCCUUCCCUGCACCCAUUUGUACAAUGUGGUGUGUCGUAAAGGCUCAAGUUUUGCAAGGAUUAUGCCACAUUUAUUUUUGUCCUGUUUAGAUUUCCUCACGAAUAUAGAUUUAUAGACCACACCCUCACCUUUCUCUCCCGCUCUCCAUUGUCACUUUCUUCCACGUCAAGGAAGCCGACGCUUUUCAAAGAAAUGGAUUUUUACAUUUUUUCCCUCUCUUCAUCAGUCACGCUGGUCGUAUUUCAGAAAACAUGGAAGGCUGCAGCUACCAGCUUUAACGAAAAUAGUCCCGCCAUCGUCUGAUAAGCACUUCUGCCUGCCAGAGACAUGUUUUACAGAAAAGGAGUGAGAGGAAGAGGCAGCGGAAAUGCUGGGAAUUCAGCUACAGCCAUUAGGGGACCCUUGCAUCGUUUUUUGUGGUUUUGUGCUGCAUCGCUGGCAGAUUUCUGCAGGACGCUCCCUGUUUUUCUCUCACAGUUUGUCUAGGAGUAUCUCUUCGGAUCCAACUACCGUGUAGUUGCAGGCAGAUGCAGUCGCCUGCGUUCCAAACACACAUGCCCAUGUGUCAAGCUCCGUGUCUUUGGGAUGAGCUCAGAGCCGACUAUUGGAAUGAGGGCCUGUCAUCUCAUCUGUUUGUGUUAUUUUCACUCAUCGGCGAUGGUAAUGGGAAAAAAAAUCUGUAUGUCUAAAAACAAAUUAUGACACAUGAUUCUUAUUUUCAAGUUAACGUCCAGAUUCAUAAGUAUAUAUUUUUAAAUAAAAAAUUUUGGGGUGAUUCUGCAUUGUGUUUCUCUCGCAGGAUAUCGCAGGUAUUCCGUGAUUUUAUGCCAUUUAUCAGCGAUUUCACACUGAUCCCGACCAUAACAGAUUUUUUUUUUUGUUUCCUGAGCAACUAAUAUUCAAUGGAAAGGUGUCCAAGCACAUUCGGAAUGUACCACUGAUUGGAAUUAAAGGACACCAACUGAGAUAAAUGCUAGAAUAAACAUCAAUAGUACACGUGUGAUUCCUAAGAAGCUGUUUGUAAUGGUUGAACCAUCAACGUUGUUCCAAUUAGUUAUAGAACGCCAGUCCUGUUAGUUACAUAUAAAAUGUGGCUCUAAUUUAUCACAAAUACUGGAAAGGAAGUUGUCCAUUAAGAAUACAAUUGCUAUCUGCAGGUAAACUAUAUUGAGUUGGUAAUUUGUAAUUAAUGGGAGUUAAAUGGUCAUUGAUGAGGAGUUUAUAAGGCCAGCAAAGACCAGAGAGACACUCCAGCAAAUAAUCAAGAGAGCACUGUAAAGACUGUGGCAGUA